GGUGUUUAUCAUAGUUUGAAUGGACAUGUGAUAGAAAAUGAAAGUUUUGUGAAUUGCAGUGUGUUUAUAAAAAUACAUAACAACUCUGCGCACUUAAAACUGCUGUUCUGUUGUGGGCGCAGUGGUGAAGAGACGUAACGGGGUAUCAUUAUUACCACGUGUUUUUGUGUGAUACAAGAGAAGAGCAUUUCAUAUAUUUAAUUUAUAGUUUUUAAAAAAAAACAGUUUUUACAAAAUGCAAACUAUGUCAGCAACAAAAGGCAAACGUCCUUUAUUAUCAGCUCAUGAAAAAGUUGAAGCAAUACGACGCGUUCAUGAUGGUGAAAGUAAAGCGUCUGUUGCUCGUGAUAUCGGCGUACCGGAAUCAACAUUACGUGGUUGGUGUAAAAAUGAAGAUAAAAUCUUAUUUUUAUCACGUCAAUCAACACCAGAAACGUCGGAAGGUGAAUCAGAUGCGAAAAAAAUGAAAUAUGAUUCAUAUCCGGUAUCAACAUCAUUACCCACAACAAUGGGUUUAAAUUACUCGCUCUCUAAUGCACAAGGGCAAUUAUCUACAUCAGUUUUAACAGAUAAUUUAAAUCAAGAGACAAAAUUCCCACCAGGCUAUGACCCAAAAUAUAAUUUAUUAACAACAGCUGCGGCAAUGAAAAGUCAAACAAAUGAAAAGCGUGAAUUAUCUAAACGUACGCUUGCUGAAAGACAACGUACCCGCGCAGAAUUAGAUCGUCUUAGUGCUGAAUUAGGUUUAAAUCGUCCCGAAUUUGGAUUAUUAAAUGUAGCUGGAAAACAGGACCAAGGUAUUAAUAUGUCAAUGUUAGCAACAAGUCCCCUAUCAAGUUUAAAUCACUUAAGUGGAGGUAGUUCACAUUCCGCAAGUUUAGGUUCAAGUUUUCAAGAAAUUGCAGCCAAAGUAUGGAAUCAAGUUAAUCAAAAUGCAGCGGUUGCCGCAGCGGCUGCAAAAAUUGCACAAAACUCAGUUUUAGGUAAUAAAUCACCAGUUUCAACAAAGCCAAAAAUUGAUCCAAAUAAUAUGGGUUUAAAUUUAAUACAAAAAGAUUCAACACCCAAAAAACAAAAUCAACAGUCACCAAUGACCACAUCAACUCCAAAAUCAUUGACCGAUGAUCCAAUGUGGUUUUGGUUACGAGCUCAACAAGAAAUGUUAAAUUUAGCUCAAAAUACACAAAAAUUACCAACAAAUCAACAAGCACAAACAAACAAUUUAGUACAACAAUUACAACAAUUUAAUAAUCCUGAUUUAAAAAAUAAUAGUUCAUGGUUUUGGAAAUGGUAUAAACAAUAUUAUGGAUUUAUACCAAAUUUACAACAAUUACAACAAAAUAAUGGUGCAUUAGAUUUAGCAACAAAUGAAAAUAACAUAUUAUUACAACAAUUAACGAAAUCCAACAAUGAAAUGCUAUUAAAUAAUAUUCAACAACAAUCAACACCGCCUAGUCAUGAAACCAGUAGUACAAACAAUGAAAAUAUGAUAAUAAAACCACAAGAUGAAAGUUUAUCACCAAAUAAAACCCCACCAACACCCCCAACAUUGUGCGAAGAAAAUAUUUCACUCAACAAUGGUGAUACAAAAAAUCCAACAAAAGUUCGAGCUGUUUUAGAUAAUUUAUUAACAAAUAACAACAAUGUUAUGAAUAAUAAUAAAAGUGACGAUCAACAAGAAGUUAAAGAAAAUAAUGAAGAAUCAACAUUAACGCCGUUAGAAGCAAUUGAAUGCGGACAAAAAUUUUUAAAAUGGUUAGAAAGCUGUAGUGAUCCUGCGGUUACGGCAAUGCAAGUUAUACAAUUUAGGUUAAUGUUAAAUAAUAUUAAAAUAAGUGCAGAUCGAAAAAAUAAUGUGCAAACAAGUGAGAAAGUUAAUCGACGAAAAUAAAUAAUAAAAAAACUUUCGUAUUUAUUAUCUCUGUCUCUCUUCGGCUCAAAAGUUCAAUGUACCUUUUUUAAAAAAGAUUAAAAAAAAAAGUUCAUAAUUGAUGCGACGCCCUUUGUAUAAACUUAAUUUGUGAAAUAAUUAUCUCUUUUUUCGAGCUCUAUCUAGGCAGCACCCCCAUCUUCUUUUGUGGACCAUGAUUGAUCAGAAUAUUGUACCAUUGAACAUUUGAAUUUUUUUUAGUUUACGAUUUUAAAAGCUUCGUUACUAGAUUUUAUAAAAACUCGUAUUCAAAAAAAAUAAAAUUUAGUAAACAAUCAUGGUCUAACAAUGGGAAAAAGAACAUAGAAAAGAAAAAUCCACCAAAGAGAAGAGGUGCUAACUGUACGGAGAUUUUUUUUAUAAUGUAUUUUUUUUUAUAUAAAAAGUUUAUUUGUAUUAUACUCCUUGCCAUCAACGUGUUGAUAUUGCACAAACGUUUUUUUGUUUUUUAUAUUCAGUCAUUAUUUGUAUAAAAAAAAUUAUUAACAGGGUUCCUUUUUGUGAUAAAUCUUAUUUGUUUAAAAUUCUUGUACUUAAAAUUUUUACAAAUAGUUUAGAGAAGGACGUAAAAUCUUAUACUCAAUGCGCAGACGUUUAGUAUUUGUAUGUGAUAAGAGAGACAAACGCACUGUGAUUAAUAACAUAAAAUAAACUACUGAGUCACAUGCAAUCUAGUGCUAUUACUUUCUUAGUUAAUUUACGAUCUCACUUCCACCCGGAAGAAAGUUACUUAUACUAAGCUUUCAAUACAAAAUUUUCCAAAUUUAUAUUAUUAUAUUACUUAUUUUUCUCGAAAAUACCAGCUAAAUAUUAAGAAAAACUCUAAAGCUGUACAUUUUUUUGAAAACUAAUGAAUUCAAUCGAUGUCGAAGGCAUUUAAAAAAUCAAGUCAAAUAUUUGUAUCGAAAACAUACCGCAUUGUGGUUUUUGUUACCUAAUCAACACGAAGAGAUAAAUAAUUUGGUAAAAUAUAUUCUAGAAAAUAGGGUUUAUGUAUAAAAAAUUGAAAAGUCAUUCAAUUUCGAGUUGAUUUGGUUAAACAAUAAAAAGGGGCAAUUUUGAAUAUUUAAAUACAAUAUCUAAAAAUGAUAAAAAACUUGCUAUGUAUGCAUGAAGUGAAGUUCUAAUGCAUGCCAAGUUAUUUUCUUCCGACUAAGGCAAUUCUGUUUUUUAACUAAGAAAAUAAGAAACAUCAUAGUACAGUACUACACACAUACUUUAAUGUCAAACUUUAUAAUUUUUAUUUAGUUUUGACACUGUAGUCAGUAUGUUAUAAAUGUGACCUAAUUCAGUAAUAAAAAGUGUGCCAAAUUUAAAAAAAACAAUGCUCAUUUUUUUAACGUAAAUUUAAUUUAAGAACUAGUCAUAGAUUUAUAAUAUAAUUAAUAUUAUGACAGCAAAAUUUUUAGGCUUCGAGAUGACACAAAAUUUCGACUGAUUGAAAAGAAAAUGGUGGUCACAACACUGAUCGUUGGGGCGUAAUACUAGGAUGAUUAAAAAAACUUGCAACAGGUAAUUUUAUCAAUUAUUAAUAAUUAUGGAAAAUGAAUAUUCAAAAAAAAAUUUGCCUGUUACAAAUAAGAAUAACAGUGUAAGGAGUUCUUUUAGUCAUCCUGAGAUUUACGCCCGGCAACGAACAUAGUGACCAUAACUUACAAUAAUCACGUAAUGAAUCGAACAAUUAAGGAUCGUCAUACUUGUAACAAAUUAUCGGAUAUUUUGUGCCACAUCUCCCAGUCUAUUUUUAUUUGCAUUUUAAAAAGGCCAUUCACAUCAAAUUAUGAACUUGACUUAUUUAUAAUGCAAUUCUUAAUAAAUAAUGUAUUUGUUAAUUAA